UGUGCUGGAUGGAGCUUGACUGCCCUCGUGUGUCCAAACUCAGGAACGGCAGUUUCCUUGAAGGGGUAUUCGGUUCCAAGUUUGUGGUAGUUAGCCAAGAAAUAUUACAUGAUUACUAUUACUCUCUCUCCCCUUUUUUAAACCCGUUCACGACAAUUAUUGUAUACAUUACCUUUAUUUUUGUAAUCUUCUUCCCUAUUUGUGGAUAUUCUCGAGUGAAAUAGAUGAGGCCACGUAGGGAACACAUGAAGUUACCUAGGAGCAGAGUCUAAAAUAUCUUUUUGAGGGACCUCAAACUAUUAUCAUUUGCUAUACUAUUAAUCAUUACGUUAAGUACAUCUUAUUCGUAUAUGGAAAGUACUUAAUGAAGAUAAUAUACUUUAUUUUUUUAUGUAACCAUUCAAGUAUUUGUUGAAAUGCUUUUGUUACCAGAUCUCUUUUACCAGACUUUUAAUUCUGUUCUCCGUAUUUGCAGCGUUUUCAGGCUUUUACUUUCAGUAUUUGCAGGCCUCAGCUCCAUGGAUCAGAAAGCUGUCUGAUCCAUGUCUAUUACCCUACCUCAGUACCCCUCCGCCUCUGCAGAAUAAACAGGUAGACAGUGAACGUGAAAGUCAGAAUCUUCAUUUAAUACACCAUUUCAGGAGUAAAAACACAGUGAGUAUCUACAUCUAAAGCUAUAAUAUAUAAACACUAUAUGUACACUAGAUGCAGAAGAGUUUUGUGGGUUUGUACUGAAGUUUGAAUGUACACAGGUUGUUUUAUGACUUGAUACCGUGACUAUUUCCUGUAAGUGAACUCUGUGCUGAUACAUGGUUUGAUUUAACACACCGAUGUUGGAGUGAAGUAAACGUGUGUCCUGCUGUAAUCUGGAGAAGGAGACAUGACCUCCAACAUGAGUGUGUCUGGAAAACAGGACUUAAAGAGAGACGAGAGAAUGAUGGAGGGAAAGAGAUCAGACUCACCAGAACCCAUCUGUGUGUCCAUAAAGAGUGACCGGUCAAUGGAUCAUCCAUUUGACUUCAGAGACAGAGCCAAUUCUCCUGAUGUGAGACCACAACAGAAGAAAUCAAACCUCAGCAGAAAUCAGUUGGACUCCAUAUUCAAGGAGCUGGAACACAAAGUCAUCACUCUGAUAAAGAAUGAGCUGAAGAGGUUUAGGAAGCUCCUGAGUCCAGAUUACCCAGCAUGCACUGAGAGGGAGGUGGAGGAUGAGGAGGAUCUGCACAGUGUCAGAGACGGAGCGCUGAAGAUCACACUGCACGUCCUGAAGAACAUGAACCACACAGAUCUCGCUAACACACUGCACAACAAGUCUGUGGCCUCUGUGUAUCAGACAUGUGGGAGGAAAGAUUCUUCCUGUGCAAGGUGCUGCUCUCACUUCUUUCAGCAUAGCUCCUGGUCUCAGAACAGGUUUAGUUCAUCGUUGCUGGUGUUGUGUAGAGGAUGUUAUAUUGUGAAAGUCACAACUAUCCCUGCUCAAGGUCUUGUGAAAUAUUUGACCUUGUUUGUGACUAUAUUCACCGUGAUGCUUUCAGCACUUACUACAUUAGUGUCCUUAAUUUUUUACUAUUUAAACAUUGUUUUAAAGUUUAUUACAGGCUCAAUGAAUGUUCUUCUACUUCACUAGAAGAUAAAGGCCCGGUUUCACAGACAGGGUUUACAUUAAGCCAGGAUUAGGCCUUCGAUCAAUUAGGACAUUUCAGUAGCUUUUAUAAACGUGUCUUUAGAAAAAAUAUAUUUCUGGUGCACAUCCUGAGAUAAAACAAUGGCACUGACGUGUUUUAAGAUCCGUCCGUGCAAGUAGCUUUCAGUUAAAACAGCUCAGACAUACAUUUUAGUCUGGGACUAGGCUUAGGCCUUGUCUGUGAAACCAGGGGAAAAAAGAAGAAGGGUGUGCUUUAUUAUGCUCUCUGCAGAAUAUGACAGAAGAAAUGUGACCCACACCUAUAACUAUAAAAAGCAGGUAGAAUUGCAGUUAGCAUGAAACCUCAAAUGUGUAGCUGGGCUGGAAAUUUAUUUUUGUAUGCAUGUAUAAUUUUUUUUCUAUUACAGAUGAACAAGCAAACAGAUUUAAAGGCUGUUGUGAAUGAUGGGUUACAGAAAUGUCUUCCUGUGUUUAUUAUUAUUUGAAGUUAUAUAUUCUGAUUUGUAAGCAAGAUUAUGAAGUCUCCUUUUGCUAAUCAUUUUAGAGCAUUAUUAAAAAGUCCAUGUACACAAUGUU